GAAAGACGUCGACGGUUCAACAUUUCGUUUCUCCCUUGAUUUUCCAUCCAAAGAAGCAUUUCGUCGCUACUUUUUUGUUUCGUUGUCAUUAUAUUGGCGUUCUAAUAAAAAAAAUAGUUGCCAUCAGUAUCUUAAUACUUGUUAUUUGGGUAAUACACGUUUCUCUCGAGUUCAGUCGUAAAAUACUCUGGAUUUUUCCUUUUUCAUCAAGUGAAACUCCUUUCUCGAGUAAAAUUUCUGAGAUAAAUUUAGAAUAGAUUCAAGUAAAUUCCAAGAAAAUUUCGUUGAUUUGUAAAACUUUUAUGUUGGUUUUAAUCAGAAAAGAUCGGAAAUAAAGGAGAUUGAGCUUAACAUCGGAAAAAGUGCAAUUUAUUGAUAAGGACAGAAAAAGUAUUGAAUUAAAGAGAAUUGAAUCAAACGAAAAAAUAUUGUGUGUAAAAUUAUGACAUGCCGACUUUAACUAUCAAACAAGAAAGUGCUAACGACGGUUGCUUCAGCUCUGCUUAUAAGUUCCCAAGUUCAGUAAUUAUUCCAAAACUCUACAGAGGAUACGGAAAUUUUAGCGGCUCGUCGUACGUGUAUGACGAUAUCCAUACAGGAUCUGGAACACCACUGCGAUCACACAGUCCGCCUUUGUUACAUCAUCAUCAACAAAUCAAUCAGCUCGUUUCACAGCAGCCACAGCAAAUACCUGAAACACAAUCACAGUUGCAUUCACAGUCGCAACAGUCAACACCCCCUCACCAAACAGCAAAUAAUUCAACUCUAUCGCAAUCCCAAUCCAGCACAGUGGCAUCCAGUCAAACACAAAUCGUGGCGUCGUCGACGGCGAGCGAAUCACCUGCCAGUGUUAGCUCACAACCGACAGGCCCACUGCAUAUACCAGCAAAACGUCCAGGAUUCGAUGCUGACCCUUCAGUUAUUCGACAUCCUCAUCCAUGGAGUUCUUAUGAAUCAGCUGCUGGAUAUGAUACUCAAUACCAUUCACAGUACAUUUUAGAUCGGGAUCGCAAACCACUUUACUAUGGCUAUCCGGAUCCUCAAUUUACACAGCCAUAUUGGAACUAUCGCGACCAGUCCUCGUAUUUAACGAAUGACGAACGACACUCAGCUCGUCAAUCGGUUGAAGGUGGUACUCAAGGAUCGUUCGAUUCGCCGAGCUAUGCAGCGUCGUCGCUACGCUCAUACGACUCGUACUCAACCAGUGGUCUGCCGUCAACAGUUGGCGUUGGUUCGGUUGGUUCGUGCACACCAUCCAAUGCACUUGAAUGGACUGGUCAAGUGACUGUUCGCAAGAAGCGCAAGCCAUAUUCCAAAUUCCAAACACUUGAAUUGGAAAAGGAAUUCCUUUUCAAUGCUUAUGUUUCGAAGCAAAAGCGUUGGGAACUCGCCAGAAACUUGAAUUUGACCGAAAGACAGGUUAAGAUCUGGUUCCAGAACAGGCGCAUGAAGAACAAGAAGAAUUCGCAACGUCAGGCGUCGCAACAAAAUAAUAACAAUAAUAACAGUAGCCAUAACCAUGGGCCACCACAGCAGUCGCACCACAAUCCACAUCAUCUAAACCUUGGCAUCGGUAUGCAUCAUGGUCCGAAGAUGCAUCAGUGACCUUUAGACAAUAGUAUUGGCACAGCAGCGGUAAUGGGGUACCCAAACUUUUAAAGGCCACGGUAAGAAAAGAAAAACAAAACAAAAACAACAACUCACUCAUUCACGUCGCAACAUACGGAUACUAUUAGAUUGAAAUUUGCAUGAUAGAGAUAGUUUAAUUUUGAUUAGUGCAACAGCGUAACCAAUAGUCCCCAUAGCCAAUCUUCUAAAAGGAAACGAUCUCGUGCUGAUACUAUGCAAUUUCACUUCUCUUUAUUUAAUCAAAUAAGAAAGAAAAAAACAGAGCAACGUAAACGAAUUUAAGACCAGUGAAAGAAUGUUCAAUGCUUGUGAAUAUUUAAAAACAGAGCCACAGUUAGAGGAAGAAAAACCGUUGUCAAAAUUAAGCAGUAAUCAUCCAUUUUAAGUAUUUUUCGAAUGCCAUUUGAGAAAUGGGCACUUGUACUUAUUACUUUUUUCGAUUUAUCCACAUUUUCACUCUUUAUUAUUCUUGUGCAAUUGUAUUCCGUUUCAACUUCUCUCGACCGAACCAUUUAUAGUGUAAAAUUAGCAGCGAAUUUCGUGAAAUUCCUGUUAGUUGCAAAUAAUCAAAGCUUAUUUUUUACAAGAAUCAAUUCAUUGCUGAACGAUUCAUUCAUUAUGAACAUUUUCCUUUCGAAAGAUAUUUAUUGACCUCACAUAGAGCGUUCUAGUGCAGAUUCUUUAGAUGUAGAAGAAAUCACGAAUGAAAAAUCGAUCCAAAUUUAUGAAAUUUCAACAAAGAGCGCAUUGCAACAAUUUUUUUUCCGAUGAAAAUCUAUUCUCGCCAAAUAUUUCAUUUUUCAAUGGAAAACGACAUAAAUUAAAUACACAACAUACAACACACAAAACACAAACAAAACAAAAUAAAAUCAUAAUGCGAAUGCAUAACUACGAAUAAUAAUCUUACUAUUAAUUGUAUAUGUAAUGAAAAGAAAACUCUUAGAGACUAAGUCUUUGUGUCACAUUUAUCACGGGAUUCGCAUAUGAUAAAUAUGCUCAUUCCGAUGCACGAAAUAGAAACGACAAGCAAAUGAAAUAUUCCUUAACUUUAAGACAUAAGAAAAAAAAAUGAGGCGAAAAAAACGACGCUAGUUGAGUCUGACUUAAAGACGUUCACCACGACUAGAUUUAUGUAGUUUCAAUACACUUAAAAUCAAAUGGUUUUAGUGCAUCGCAAAACUGAACGUAGCAUUUCUCAAGAAACACCUGCAACACUUUUCAACCAGCGAAUGCUUUUCCACAUACAAACACACACUAAUAAAAUGAGAACAAUGAACGAAGUCACUACCCAUUAGUAGGUCUCAUGAAAAGUAAAGAGAUCGAACGGUAUUUGUAAAUCGAUUCGACUGAAUUGUCCAAGUCUCUUGCACGUUCAUUGCAAAAUGUUGAAAGAAAAUGAUGCCAUUCACUCGGAUUUAGAAUGCAUUUUUCAUUGUGAAUGGCUUCAUGAAUAAUCGAUGGGUGUCAAAUUUUCAACUUACAAUAUAUUUUAUUUACAUCAUGUAAAACCGUUUCGAUUCGAUCACUAUCGACGUAGACAGUGAUUUUUUCCAAGCAAAACUACAUUUGGACUCAAAUUUUGAAGUAACUUUGAGCCGGGGCAAACGCAAACACUUUAUUUCAAUAUGUUUAUUUCGUUUUUCUUUAGCGAGUUUUUUAAGUUUUAAAAUGUUUUUUCGAUGUUUAUUUUUGUCGCAUAUACCUAUGUGACAUUGUUGGAAAUUUUUUUUGCGAUUUUAUCAUCAAAUCGCACAUGUUUUUUCCUCAUUUUGUCGUUAUUUGUUUUAAUACAUAGCAUGAUUUGAUGAAAAAACUAUUCGGCCGGUUUGUGUUGAUUCAAUAUUUCAUGCAAAUUAUCUUGAAUCAACCUCAUUUCCAUGCAUCAAUUAACGAUAAUUAAGUGAUUUUUUAGUGGUCUUAAUUGUAUGUCGAAAUCUACCCAGCCCAUUGUAAUCUUAUUAACUAACUAAAUUUAUUCCAUAAUUUGUACAUGAUCGCAUAGAAAAAGAGUCAUACACACAGAGACACCAAGCAUAACCUCUCAUUGAACGAAUUUAAAUCGCUGUACAUAACAUGAACAAUAUUUUUCAAAUAUAACCACAAGCAUAUACCUACCUAUACAUUCUAUAUUGAAAGAGAGAAACCCAUCGACUAAUUCACAUGUGCGGUUGGAUUUUAUAGAUCCAGGCGACAUUCUUCAGACAUUUUAAAUACUGAGUCGUUUGAUGAUUGAGUCAUUUUGAGCAACACACAAUCGUUACCUUGGUAACAUAAUUGAUUCCUUCUAUUUUUUUUCGUCUUGUGCUUUGCAUUGUUUUUAGUUUCGUUUUGUUUUCCGUUUCUCUUUCGUUAUUUACCUUCUUUCUUCUUCAUCGGAAGAUAUUUUACAAUCAUUAUUUUUUUGGGCGCCAAUCGAUUGGUGGAAACAUAGAAAAAAAGAGACCGUUUGACAUUCAGUUUGAAAAAAAAAUGUGGUUUAAAUUCGCAAUUUGUGUGAGAAUGAAAAAGUACUUUAUUUCGAGGGUUCGUCAAGUGAAGAAUAUCUAACAACCACAUGACGCACACUCAUAUCGAGGUUCUUUGCAUCGAAGAGAAAAGAAAUUGUUUUCAAUUCAAUUACAUAAAAUAAAAAGAAAAUUCAUUAAAAACAAAUCUAAGGUACAUUGAAAUUAAGAUUAACCAAAAUUAAUGUAAUAAACACAGUGAAAUACACAUACAAGUACAAUUACAAUUAUACAUAUAAUCUUAAUGGUAAUGAAAGGAGAAGAAAAAAACAAGUUGAGAAGAAAAAAAAACAAUGAAUUGAUUUAGUCGGUAAUUGUGUAAGUGUUGUAAUUCGAUGUAACGUGCAUUUUAGAUUUAUAGCCGUAAAAUAUAGAAUAUUUCCUGCUCUUAUAAACAACAACAACAAAACCUUUAAGCAAAAUAAAAAUAAUUCAGCAACAAUUAUACUUUGAAUCUGCGCUCCGGUCAAUGCGAAAACUGUGAACGAGAGAGAAAACGAAAGAUAGAGAAUCUGCCACUAUAAGCAAAUUCAAAGAAAUUCAAGAUAAUCUACCAUUUAAACAAAUAAUCUAUUGCGCGUAUAUUAUAAUAUUAAUUAGUGUCAAACAUGGAUUUUACAUUUCAGCAAGUAAAUUUUUAAUCUCUUAUACAAUAUUACAUAAUUAUACAUAAUGGUAAUUUAAUUGAAACAAAACAUUGAACUAUUAAAAAAAUAAAUAAAUCAAAUUACGAUUUUAAUGGAAAAAUUCUGAUUAAUGCAUACAUACAAAAAGUCAUGGAAUUUUAUGCGUGAAAAAUAUAAGUCGUGAACAAUUUUCAAAAACAAAUAAAGAAAUGUAUUGAAUGCUUGC